AAUCGGAAAAUCGGGCAGUCGCCGCCGGACUCGCAGAGUUUUACAGUGCUCCCGGACCUCUUUUGACACCCGUUUGACAAUUAGCCUUCAUUAAACAUGUCCGACGAGGAGGAAGUUUAUUCUGAAGAAGAGGAGGAGGAGGAAGAAGUCGUUGAAACAAAAACGACAACCACCACUACUACCAAAGUCGAGGAAGGAGCCGGAGAUCCGGAAUUCAUCAAGCGCCAGGACCAGAAGAGGUCCGAUCUAGAUGAACAGCUGCGCGAGUACAUCUCCGAAUGGCGCAAGCAACGCGCCAAGGAGGAGGAGGACCUCAAGAAACUGAAGGAGAAGCAGGCCAAGCGCAAGAUCGCGCGCGCCGACGAGGAGAGGAAAAUGGCCGAGCGCAAGAAGGCCGAAGAAGAGCGUCGCGUCCGCGAGAUCGAAGAGAAGAAACAGAGGGACAUCGAAGAGAAGAGACAGCGUCUCGAGGAAGCCGAAAAGAAACGCCAAGCGAUGAUGCAAGCGCUCAAGGACCAAAACAAAAACAAAGGGCCCAACUUCACCAUCACCAAACGGGACCCUGGCUCCAAUUUGUCCGCCGCCCAGUUGGAGAGGAACAAGACCAAAGAGCAGCUGGAGGAGGAGAAGAAGAUCUCCCUUUCCAUCCGCAUCAAGCCUUUGAUGCUCGACGGUUUGAGCGUGGACAAGCUGCGCGAGCGCGCCCAGGAACUCUGGGACUGCAUCGUCAAAUUGGAAACGGAAAAGUACGAUUUGGAAGAAAGGCAGAAACGCCAAGACUACGAUCUGAAAGAGUUGAAGGAAAGACAGAAACAACAACUGAGACAUAAGGCGCUGAAGAAGGGUCUCGAUCCCGAAGCGCUUACUGGAAAAUACCCGCCUAAAAUUCAAGUAGCCUCUAAAUACGAACGUCGUGUGGACACUAGGUCGUACACAGACAAGAAACACCUGUUCGAAGGGGGCUAUGAGGAUAUCAUUAAAGAUCUCAAUGAGAAAUCUUGGAAAGAAAAAUACGGACAAUUUGAUACCAGACAGAAAACUAGACUUCCCAAGUGGUUCGGCGAGAGACCUGGCAAGAAACCGGGAGAUCCCGAAACGCCCGAAGGCGAGGAGGAAGGCAAACAGGCCGCCGAUGACGACGACGACCUUAAAGAACCCGUGAUCGAGCCCGAGCCCGAAGAGGAAGAGGAGGAAGAAGAAGUCGAGGUCGACGAAGAGGAAGAAGACGACGAGGAAGAAGAAGAGGAAUAAAUGCCAAAAAUCAUGAAAGAUCUUGCCUGAAUAUAACAUCACAUAACAUCAAAUUCUCAAAUAUAACUAAAAUAAAUAAAUACUGCUAGAUAGUUUGUUUUUUUUUUGAUGAUCCAACACCUUGAUGAAUAAAAUUAAAUUGAAUUUGUAACCUUUUCUGAUUUUUUGUUUAUAUGUUAGCUGUAAGAUAAAAUAAAUUAUUUGAAUAUUUAUCAGAAUGUUUUAAUGUAUUCCAAAAUGUUGGG